CUUGACCUUGAUUCAACGACAUUCUCCUGAUUGAUCACACCUCUCAUCAUCAUCAUCGCAAGCCCCCCACCAUGGCUCCCCCAACCUCCACCGAAACAUCAACCACCAACACCUCCCAAGUCACUCUGGAAACCCGCCAAUCCACCCAAGAAGGUGGCAUGGAAGGUGCCACAGUCAAGAACGAGAUGUCCCAAUUCCCCAAGCCGCCUGUCUUUGACGACAAAUACAAGGAACGCGAGUACCUCAAGGGUCGACUAGCCGCUGCGUUCCGCAUCUUCGGGAAGAAUGGAUACGAUGAGGGUGUAGCUGGUCACAUCACCCUUCGCGACCCCGUCGACCCCACCACCUUCUGGGUGAACCCAUUCGGCGUCGCCUUCUCGCAGAUCAAAGCCUCCGACCUAAUCCAAGUCAGCCACGAAGGCAAGAUCCUCGACGGAGGGCCUGUCCGACUGCUCAACGCCGCAGCGUUCAUGAUUCACUCGGCCAUCCACGCUGCCCGACCAGAUGUCCUCUGCGCCGCCCACAGCCACAGCAUCUACGGCCGGUCGUUCUGCGCCCUUGGCCGGCCGCUGGACAUCAUCACACAGGACUCCUGUGCGUUCUACAGCGACCACGUCGUCUACAAACAGUUCAAUGGAGUCGUGCUGUCGGAGAAUGAAGGCCACAACAUCGCGCAGGCACUGGGAAACAAGAAAGCAGCCCUGCUCCAGAACCACGGCCUGUUGACUGUGGGCAAGUCCAUCGAGGAGACGGUCUUUUGGUUCGUCAGUCUGGAGAAAUGCUGCCAUGCGCAGCUAUUGGCAGAUGCGGCGGCGGCCGGCCGGGGCGGCGCGACGAUCAAGAUCGAUGAUGCCGAUGCUGCUUUCACUUACAAGACAGUCGGGACGCCGGGGGCUGGGUAUUUCAGUGCGAAGCCGCUGUUUGAUGUGAUCCACGAGGAGACGGGGGGAAGUUAUCUACAAUAG